AUGGCCGCCGGCGACGUCGCGACGGUGUUCCUCGAGAUGAGCCUCGGCACCCGCCUCGCCGUCUCCUUCCCCGCGUCGUCCACCACCGUCGCCGAUCUCAAGCGCAUAGUGAGCCACGAGCACGCCGCAUCUUUUCCCCACCUUGGCCAGAUCGCCGUCCAAUCCAUCAAGGUCGACCAGGGAGGCUCGUGGUUCCACCUCGCCGACUCCAUGGCCGUCCGGGAUACUUUCCGGCUCCAAGGGAUCAACGAACGCUGGCACCUGCAGGUAGACGCAUCUCUGCAAGUUGACCAAGAGAUGGUCACCCAGGGGCACAGCGGCGGCGCAAACUCUGCAAAUCACUCUGCACCUGCGCCUGGUCGUCGUCAUGGAUACGAGGGGUCGUCGAGCAGGAGGUGCCGCAAGGCAUCAAGCUCUGAUGAGAUGCUGCCUGAUCAGGUUGAAGAUGAAGUUGAAGUUGAAGCUGAAGCUCAAGUCAAGCAACCAUUGCCAGCCAAGGGCGAAAGAAGCAGCGACGGGGCAGUAAAAGACACAGAACAGGGGGCAUGGGGGAGAAGGCUGCGGCCGAGGACUCAAGUUACUAAAACACCAAUUACUUUGUCAAGCAGCAGCAGCAGCAGCAGCUCAGACUCGGAGGAAACGGACACCAACACCGUCGGCGGCAGCUCCGAGUCGGAGGAAAUGGACAUCAACACCGUCGACGCGCCGGCGCCGCACACGCCGACGCCGCAGUUCGUCGUCGAGCUCAAGAAAUGCCACUUUGUGAAGCAGAAUGGGCAGUACCUGAACGUGCCGAUGGAGUUCGGCGUUGUGCACCGGUACACCGAGAAGAAGAAGGUGCUGCUGCGGAUGGGGGGCGAGUCGUGGGCCGUCAACCUCAAGCACGGCCUCACGCCCACCGGCAGGCCCCGCACGUCCCUCCGGUACGGGUGGGACCAGUUCCGCGUCGACAACCGCCUCCGCGCGGGCGAGACCUGCUUCUUCCGAGCCCUCCCCGGGGACGACGGCGGCGACCACCAUGUGCUCAAGGUGGAGGUGCGCAGGCUAGACGGCAGCUACGCAACCUGA